AUGGGCAGCAAGACCCUGCCGGCGCCCGUGCCCAUCCACCCGUCACUUCAGCUCACCAACUACUCGUUCCUGCAGGCUGUGAACGGGCUGCCAGCUGUGCCCUCGGAGCACCUGCCCAGCCUGUACGGCUUUAGCGCCCUGCACGCGGUGCACCUGCACCAGUGGACCCUGGGCUACCCCGCCGUACACCUGCCGCGCUCCUCUUUCUCCAAGGUGCCUGGCGCCGUGUCCAGCCUCGUGGACGCCCGCUUGCCGUUGCCCGCCUUCCCCUGGUUUCCGCACGUUAUCCAGCCCAAGCCUCAGGACGGGGGGGCUGGUGGGCCGCCUCUCAAAGCCAAGCCGCGCUUCGACUUCGCCAACCUGGCCUUGGCCGCCACUCAAGAGGAUCCGUCCAAGCUCGGCCACGCCGAGGGCCCUGGCUCGCCUCCGCCCGGUCUCAGCGCCCUGCUCGACGUGACCAAGCUGUCGCCGGAGAAGAAGCCCACCCGCGGCCGCCUGCCCUCCAAGACCAAGAAAGAGUUUGUCUGCAAAUUCUGCGGUCGUCACUUCACCAAGUCAUAUAACCUGCUGAUUCACGAGCGAACGCACACGGACGAGAGGCCAUACACUUGCGACAUCUGUCACAAGGCCUUCCGGAGACAGGACCACCUCCGGGACCACAGGUAUAUACACUCCAAAGAGAAACCCUUCAAGUGCCAGGAAUGCGGGAAGGGAUUUUGCCAGUCCAGGACUCUAGCCGUCCACAAGACGCUGCACACGCAAGUGAAGGAUCUCAAAGUCAACAAAAUCAAAUGCUGA